AUGCUGGCGUGCUGCACGACGGCCGCGACGCUGGCGCUCUGGAUCCUCUACCUGGGCCACAGGGGAGGCUCGGAGCACGCGCACCGGCGGCGCUCGCUGGAGCUCAGCCACUCGGUGGUCACGAGCAGCGGCAGCUUGCGCGGCCUGUGGGUGGACGGCGGCAGCAACGGCAGCGUGCUGGCCUUCUACGGCGUGCCGUACGCCGAGCCCCCUCUGGGCGCCGCCCGAUUCCAAAGGCCCACGCCAGUGCGACCAUGGACCGGGGAGCUCAGAGCCACGUACAAGGCGCCACCCUGUCCACCACAAUGGCUGCGCGCCGCAGAGCGUCCGCAAGGCAAGCUGAGACCCGACUGGACCGAGGACUGCCUACACGUCAACAUAUGGACUCCGGGACUGAGCCCGGCCAAGCUGCGGCCAGUGGUGGUACUCCUGCACGGCGGCCACUUCACGCACGGCUCCAACAGGCUGCGGCAGUACGACGGAGCCAGGAUGGCUACACGCUGCGACUGCGUCGUCGCUGUACCAAACUACAGGCUGGGCGUGUUCGGCUUCCUGUUCGGCAACGUCUCUAGCUUCCCUGGCAACCAGGGUCUCUGGGACCAGCACCUGGCCCUGCAGUGGCUCAAGCGAAAUGCGGCCGCCUUCGGCGGGGACCCUCGCAACCUCGUCCUGUGGGGUGUCGACGCUGGCGCCAUCAGCGCCGGCCUCCACAUCCUCUCCCCGCUCGGUGGCGGCUCGCUCUUCUCCAGGGCAGUGCUACAGACCCUUUUUCCCUCGAUAUCGAGAACCAAUCUUAAGAAGGCCGCCGAGAUAACUUUGGAACUUUGCUGCCGAUCUGGGAUGAAGGCUCAUUGA